UUCAGGGUAAUUUCCCGGAAACUGCCCACCGCCAUAUAUCUUUAUCAGAUUGGAACUGUACCCAGUACUCUCUGUAGGCUGUGUAACUCGACAAGCGAAGACUUUGAACACUUUCUUGUUUCUUGCCCAAACAAGAACUCUGUUUGGUCCAUGGUACUCAAAUACCAUUUCCCCACUUAUCUGUUCUCCAAUCGUGACAUUCUAAAUGCAUUGCUCUCUAUCAAGUCUCCCUUCCAUCAAAAAUCUAGCCUCUAUCGAUUUUUCUUGGUAAUCGUUUCCACUACACAAUUUUACAUCUGGAGAGCUUACUGGCAACUCAUUCUCUACAACAUACCUUUUACUGCCGAUACAAUCCUCAUAACUAUCAAUCGACAAAUCCAUAUUCUUACGAAUGGGAUUCCCGAUUAA